AUGGGAGCUAAUUUAUCAAAGGCACUGUCCAAGUUAUUUGGAAGUAAAGAAAUGCGUAUAUUGAUGCUGGGUUUAGAUGCUGCAGGAAAGACAACCAUUCUUUAUAAACUGAAACUAAAUCAGUCAGUGACCACUAUUCCAACUGUUGGAUUUAAUGUUGAAAGCGUUGUUUAUAAAAACGUCAAGUUUAAUGUUUGGGAUGUAGGAGGACAAGACAAGAUUCGUAACUUAUGGAGACACUAUUAUACAGGCACACAAGGAUUAAUUUUCGUUAUUGAUUCUCAAGACAGAGAUCGUAUUGAUGAAGCUCGACAAGAGUUACAUAGAAUCUUGUCAGAUCGAGAAAUGAAGGAUUGCUUGUUACUCGUGUUUGCCAACAAGCAAGAUUUGCCUAAUGCCAUGUCACCCAGUGAAGUCACAGAGAAAUUGGGUUUAGACAAAAUGAAGGAUAGACCAUGGUAUGUCUAUCCGUCAUGUGCAACAACAGGGGAAGGUCUAUAUCAAGGAUUGAAUUGGUUAAGUCAGAAUGUAAAAGCAAAAUGA